AUGGAAUGCCCCAGUCUCGCCAUUUUCUUGUUCCUCCUAGUCCUAGUAGCACCCACUAAUCAUCAUCAUCAUCCGCAUUUCUCCAUCGUCGUCGUCUCAUCAGCAGCAGCUGAUACUGAUAGUUUGAACCGCACCAGUUUCCCGACGGGAUUCGUCUUCGGAGCCGCCUCAAGCGCCUACCAGUAUGAAGGAGCAGCAAAUGUUGAUGGCAGGAGACCAAGCAUAUGGGACACUUUCACUAACAAAUACCCAGGAAGGAUAGAUGAUGGCAGCAACGGAGACAGAGGAGUGGAUUUCUAUUUUCGCUAUAAGCUGGAAGGAUCAGCGGGGGAGUGA